GUGUGUGUGUGUGUGUGUGCUAGUGCACGUUAGGUACGCGUGCCUUGGGGAAACUGGGUGUUGCAGGCAUUCGCCCACACCCACUCCCCUUGUCUCUGCGCCUCAUUGUAAGGCCGCUCCGCUCUGAUUGGUAGAAAAGCAGCCACUCUAAACGAGGGAAUGGCAGACAUUGUUGGUCCAUCUGUUCUGCCACUCAUUGUCCAACUUGCCUGCUUCUGUAGGGGGGAAAAAAAAAUACAGCUCUGGAAGACUCUCCGACACUGAGGACAGAGGCGUUUGGCUGGAGUUGAUGCUCUGCUGUACCUGCAGCAAAGACAAACAUCAGCCUUGGAUGUAGCUGCCGUGGGAACUUUAGGACUUGUUUUUUCUCACUUUCACCUGCAGUGUUUUCCAUUCUGGUUUUCAAGGAUUUAAAUCUACGGAUAUGAGCUAAUUGCCUUUCUGCAUUGUUUGUUGAUCUUUUAAGGUCUGGCACCAAUGAGUCAAGCUUUGUGAGAGGGCAGCAGUCAGCCCUGUGUGCUGGAUGUCUGUGACAGAUCCAUGGGCCAGAAGGACCAUGUGGAGGCAGGAGCAGGCCACAUCCUCGACUUGGGGCUGGAUUUGGAGUAUCUCCACGUAGCAGGGGCUGACCGGCAGGCUGGCGGCGCUGACGGGCCCCCUGCUAUGGAGGAGCAGGGGGAGAGCUCCGGCAACAGCAGCGGCGCCAAUUCCCCUCCACCGGCUGUGGUGGAGGAAAAUGCUGGGUCUGUUGAAGAAUGUGAGCCGGCGCCGUCUUCCAGCGCCACCCUCGCUGCCGGCCCGGACCCGGAUGGAGGAGAGGGAGGGUUAACUCACAGUAAGAACACCCACCAGCCGCUUUGUCGGACCCAGUGUGUGGACUUAGGCACUGAAGGUCCUCCUGAGCCCCCAUCUGAACUCCCAUCAGAGCUUGAACACGACACCCCUGCACAGUCCUCACUCAGCUCCCCAUGUAAGCACCCACCUGAGGCUCCACCCAAUCCCUCCACAUCAGAGCCAGCAUCCGGGGCUGGUGGGAAGGAAUACCAAGCUAAGCUGGAGUUUGCCCUGAAGCUCGGCUACUCUCAGGAGACAGUGCGACUGGUGCUGUCCAAGCUUGGCCCUGACACCCUCAUCAAUGACAUACUGGGAGAGCUGGUCAAACUGGGCACCAAGUCAGACAGCGAGCAGCCGGCUGGAUCAUUAGCCUCUACCUCAUCUUCUUCAUCCUCCUCUUCCUCUUGUGGCUAUUCCGAUUUACUGGAUAGCCAGAGGUCAGACUCGCCCUGUCCUUCAGACUCUCUGUGUGACCAGGACAACCUGCGGCCAAUUGUCGUGGAUGGCAGUAACGUAGCCAUGAGCCAUGGCAACAAGGAAGUGUUUUCCUGCCAGGGGAUCCAGCUGGCUGUAGAUUGGUUCCUAGAGCGUGGCCAUCAUGACAUCACAGUAUUUGUGCCUGCAUGGAGGAAAGAGCAGUCCCGCCCUGAUGCCCCUAUAACAGAUCAGGAGAUCCUGCGUCGCCUAGAGAAGGAAAAGAUCCUGGUCUUCACUCCUUCGCGCCGUGUCCAAGGUCGGAGAGUGGUUUGCUAUGACGACCGCUUCAUUGUCAAACUGGCCUACGAGUCAGACGGUAUCAUUGUCUCCAAUGAUAACUACCGAGACCUGGCUAAUGAGAAGCCCGAGUGGAAGAAGUUCAUCGAUGAGCGGUUGCUCAUGUAUUCCUUUGUCAAUGACAAAUUCAUGCCCCCAGAUGACCCUCUUGGUCGUCAUGGCCCCAGCUUAGACAACUUCCUGAGGAAAAGACCCGUCAUGCCUGAGCAGAAGAAACAGCCUUGCCCAUAUGGAAAGAAGUGCACUUACGGCCACAAGUGUAAGUACUACCACCCAGAAAGAGGUGCUCAGCCUCAGCGCGCUGUGGCUGAUGAGCUGCGUGCUAGUGCCAAGACCUGUGUUGCCACAAAAAACCAGGGGGACACCGGGCUGGUGAAGAGCCACAGUGUGCCAGCUGGCAGCAUUGAGGCAAAAAAAGGCGCCCAGAAAAGGCAGUCAGACCCUAGCAUCCGAGCUCUGUCAUACAGUGAUGCUGAGGAGAAGCUGCUGGCAAAAGGGAGGGCGGAAAGCCAGAAGAACACUAUGUGUGGCAGCAGCAGUAGCAGUAGUUGCAGUGGGAGUGCAACAAUGUCCCCAGCCCAAGGAGGAGGCCCUCCAUCCAGUCUUAGCUUUCCCCAGGACCAACAGUCCAGAGCAGCAACUCCACAUGGUCUACCAGCCCCCAGCCAUGACCUUUACCCUCACUGCGAGUCUCCAGACUUGAGCUACUACUCAGUAACGCGGGCCUACUCUGGCCUGACCCUCUCCUCCAGACGGAGCCCAGACUGUCGCUUCCCCAAUGACACAGACCUGCGAAUAGGCUCAAUGGGCUCAGCAGGCUCCGAAUGUGGCAGCGAAAGCAGCGUGAGUUGCGGUAGCAGCUGCGAGUCGUACAGUGAGAGACCGUGUCCUGGAUGCCCCCCAGACACCUUGCUGGAAGAUAGCGUCCAUUUUGCUAAUCCCCACAGCCGGCUGUAUCCCCAUCAUGCCGCAUCAAACCAUGAACUUUGUGGCCUUCAUCCUGCCGAUUACACAAAUAUCCAACACAGCUACCACCUGAGUGUGGCACGCGGGCAGAACUGUGCUCAUGAUCAGCCUCCCCCAGAGGCUCCCCCAAAGCGCCCUCUCUACCCCUUGCCGCCUCAUCUCCAGCACCAGCCACUGGCUGCACGCUCCAGCUGCCCAGGUGACUACCACUCUCUGCCCCAGUCCAACCUUCACCCCCCUGGCUCUCCUCUUGGUCGCUGCCUGGCCCCCACACGAGCAGAGAGUGUGUCAGACUCACAUUUGUAUGAACACCUCUCUACAUCACACCAUCACCACCGUACUAAAGCUUUGCCCGGCUGGGACACAUACUACAGACAGCCUCCAUUGCCGCCGUCCAGGUAUGAGCCAUCUGCCUAUCAGAGCCUGCCAGACACACGCCAGUCAUCCUGGCACGCCCCUCCCUGGGCACAAGACGGCUAUGCCCAGCACCACUCCUCUCACCCAGCUCUCCACCCAUCCCCAACACAUUACCACCCACUGCCUCCAGCCCACUCUCCUCACCCACCUCAUCCAUCCAGCACUCCUCUCCCGCCCUACCAGCCUCACAGUGCUCACCUUACAGUGCCCUCCCACGCUCCUCCCUCCUACAUAUCGCAGCACCCAGAAUCCCCUGCACACAGCCGCUACGGGGACGUGAGGGAGAAAGUCUACGUCAACCUGUGUAACAUCUUCCCCUCGGAGCUGGUGAGCCGGGUGAUGGCCAGGAGCCCUCACAUCACAGACCCCCAGCAGCUGGCAGCCGCCAUCCUUGCAGAGAAAGCCCAAACAGGCUACUGAAGAACAAAGAAAAAUAUAAUCUCCCAUUAGAAAACAAUAGCAGUUAUGUAGUCUGAGUAGAAAUAGGAAAACAAACUGUGGGUGGUUUGCAUCAGCAGAGAAAACUAGAAAGCAAGUGGGGUUUGCAUGGUGGAAUUUUAAAUACUGGAGUGCUUUUGGAUUGUCUGCAAGGAGAGCCUUUUCUUUCUCUUAUGACAUUAAUGAGACAAUGCAUAAGUUUCAAGGAUACAAUAUGUAGAAGAUAAUCCCAAUCCAGCUCUGGUCACUGCGCAGCGACAACUAAAUCAACUCAACUGUAAGAAGUGUGGCGAGAGUGAGUCAUUUGACGAAAUCUAUGACUUUGACACAAAGUGCGACUUGGAGAUUAUUCUACAUCACCCAGUUAAUCUUUUUUUAUUUAUUUAGUAGCUUAUUUUAUGUAUCUUUCACAUGCAGGACUUAUUAUGCAUCAAAUUCAAAAGGCACUUUUUUAUUUUACAGCGAAAUCAUAAGUAAGUUGGUAUCGCAAACAUCAAAUAUGAAGGAUUAUUUAAUCAUUUCCACCACCUUUUAUGGCCAGAUUUGGAUUUGUAUGGACUACACACACAUUAUUGUGCGUUGUACACUGUACUUACUCUCAGGCCAGUCAAACAGUGUUUGAAAAAAAAACUAAUUCUUGCAUGUGUAAAGCACCAGAUGGAUGGGAUUUUCUAUUUACCUAUAAAGAAAGUGUCACAGAUAAGUAAUCAGACUUAAUUUCAUAUAUUUCCAUGUCAUUUUCUUAAUUUGUUAUGUGGCAAAUCCCCGUCUGGUACUCCAUUAUCACAUGACAGUUUCAAACUACCAUUUGACUGAGGUCUGUGUAUUAUAUUAAUCUCUUUGUGUGUGUUGUGGGGUUUUUUUUUUCCAUGUUGGUGAAAAUGGGUGUCCGAAAGAUAGUCGUCUUAUUUGAGAUGACGUCAGUAUUUUGGUCAGAGUUGUAGCUGUAGAGAUGGGUGACCCUGUCGUGUGUACCUUAGUUUUAGUAAGGGACAUCUCUCUCUCUCUCUCUUUCUAUCUCUCUCUCUAUCUCUGGCCCUUUAUUUUGGGUCAACUCUGGUAUCUGCUACAGACAGAGAACAUCUGGAAAUCAGUAAAUCAAACAUGUAUCUAUUGUAAAUAUAUUUAACAGAUUUCCCUGCUGUGCUUUUGGCUAACAGCGUCUACUGUUGUCUGUAGCAGAUCCCAGCUGAAUCCAUGCUAGACGGAGAAAAACCUUGUUUGAUACAAAUUGUAUCAUUAACUAAGUCGCUGAUGUUAUAUACAGUACAUGGACUUGUUGAUCUGUAUUUAUCAAACACUCUUGAUGUAUUGCUAUAUGAUGAAGUGCAUUGACAACAGUUCUGUUCCAAUCGAGAUGUUCCAACUUUUAAUCUUGUGGAAAUUGCUUUGAGACAAUUAUUUCACAUAUGUUAUGAAACAGAAGGAGUUGUCUGCCUACUAUGUUUAGGUAUCACAACUUCUUUAUCUGCGCUUUUGGGUUUGAAGCUGGCUUAUUUUCUCCAGGAGCUCCAAUGAAAUCAUGUGUGAGAAAUAUGCUUUGGUUUACUGGUUAACUGCCCAUUAGAAAACAGAAGUGAAUUAGUCUGUUUUUUCACAGUGAGGCUGGGGUCAGUUCAUUUUAAGCUUUUUUAGCUUCUUUAUUAAGUCAGGACAUGGAUAUCCUUUUAAAGUAACAUUAUAAAACUUUCUGCUUGAAAUAAUAGAGAAUGAUGUUUUAUCAUUAACUAUUCUAUUAUAUCAUGAAUUGAGUGGUAAGACCCCAACCAUGUUUAAUAAGUAAAGUUUUGUAUUUGGGUCAGUGCCAUAUCCCAUGGCUGCUAUUUUGAAUGUCUGUAACACUCUACCAAAGCUCUACCUGGUGUAUUUGCAAAUAUAUAAAGCAAUUUUUGCCUCAACAAAAAGAUGAGAUCUUCAUAGAAUCAUAAAUCAUCCAGUCAGUAGACAGCUUUAGAAUAACAACAACUGCUUAGCAAGAAGUUUAGCUAGCUAACCUACUAGCUACUAGAACUUUUCUGUGUGAUAUUUUAAAAAGAAUAUAUAUAUAUAAUUAUUAUUAUUAUAUAUAUUGAAAUUUAUUUGGCCAUAUUGCAUUACAGGGUGGUAGGUUGAAAAAAUUGCAUAUAACAAAAAUGUUUCAACUUCACCACAAACAGGAAAAAAUAUUACUGCUGAGGCUACCUGAGCACUUAUUAAGCUAAUGCUAACAUUUCGUUGUAUUAUUACACACCAGACCUGUUCGGGAUGUAACCUGCCUAUGGUUUAUUGCAUGCUGGGAUAGUCCAAAAAUUUUAAUUCGGAUGUACGUUGCACUUUUAUUAGUAGGACGUUAAAUAUUCUGAAUGCAGGAUUAGCCUAUCUAUGACUAUGUUAAAUUGUUGUAUUUAAACCUUAGAUAUGGCCAGAUUAGAAUGUUAGCCGCAGGACAUAGUUUGGUUGUACUUGAUCAGGUAGAGCUCAACCAAAGUGUAAUGCAAGUUCAAAAUGGCCGCCAAGGAAAUUAAAGUCUGCAGAGUGAGCUCGUCAUACAGUUCAUCACAAGCCAGCUACAUAAAGCCCACUGUUUUUUUUUUCCUGUCCAACGUGUCACAUUGUACAAAUAGUGAAUAAUUGUACAAUAACACGUGAGAGAGAACCUUUUGUGUGUAUUGAAGAAGCGCCUUCUCUCUGGCCUCCUGGCACUGUGUGUCAGUAUGGCACCUGAGCGUGGGCCCAAAGUAAUGCCUCUUCAUGGCAUUGUGCUUAUGACACAUCCAAUACUCUGAACUAUGUUCAGCUAACUGUUAUGCAUGUUUUGAUUUGUUUUGGUUUCUGCAUGUUUCCUUGUGUUUAAUUUGUGUACAUAGCUGUGUUUCUGUCCUGGAAGUUUGUCUUGCUGUUAUUGUGACAUGAAGCUAGCUGUUGAGAUGCCUCUAGGCUUACUUAUACACAAAACUGGCUUGUUUUUCUGCUCGUUAAUGUUUUAUUGCAUAUAUCAGUUAGUACAACACCCUCCUUUGACACAAUAUAAAGUCAAGUGAGAAUGCCAUCUUGUUUUCUAUAAAGCUUGACAUUUACGAAUCAGGAAGAAUGUUUUGGAAUGCAUUCCACUUUUCUCAAACAUUGUUUGCUUUGGAAGCGCCCUCGACCAUAGAUAAUGAUAAUGGAAACCAUUAUGAUAAAUUGACUGCUGUGUUGUAGAGAUAAUACAAUGUUAUACGGGCCACUACACUCUAAUAGAAUGAAAAUCCUGUGUCAAAUUAUAUUUCCAUUUUGCCAGUAGAAUAACAGUAACUAAUUAAUCAUUGUAACAUUUUCAACUGUAACUCUGAUUGUUCAUUAAAGAAAGUACUGCUAUAAAACAUG